GUAUUUGGAGAAGUCCCUUCUGUGGGCCGAGGAGAACGACAUCGUCCAUGGUGACCUGCUUGGUGGUGAUGCAAGCGCAGCGAACGAGGCGGAGGCCCUUAGCCACCUGGAGAUGCUCAUCGCAGACUUGUGCCUCUCUGCAGCUCCUGCAGCACGGCUCCGCAAGACGCAAGCAAUGCUGCGUGGAGCAAGGAGUUCAGGGCCGGUUGAGUUGACCUAG